AUGGAUGAGAAUAUCGGGCUGCAACAUGAAGGCCCAUUGGCAGCCUUGUCCGCCUCAUCCGCCGCUCAUUUACUGAGCAACUUUCAUCCUUACGAACCCAUCUCCCGAGCCACGUCGCCAGGCAUCCCUUGCCCCAAGGCUGACGAAGACGACAAGAAGCGUUAUCGACCCCGGACGUUUGCCUACUUUCAACAGCUUCCAUUCGACGUCGAAGAGGAACAACAACGCGAUGCGGCGCUACGGGGAAUUCUGAAACAGCUAUACAUUUCCAUCAAGGCCGAGGACUUCUCUCCCGGUGCCUUGCAUUGGACCAGAGAGCUACAAGCAUGGCUUGCCCUCAAGUUCGAGAUGACGAGGGAACUUCGAGCCAAGCUCGCAAAGCUUUAUUACUCUCUGGCGCUGGCGCCGGGUUUGGAUUCAAAUACUGCAGAUCGCUUUCUGCGCAUGGUUCUCACAUUAAUCAGGAAGAAUCACUAUCUCAAACCAGGCGAAGACCUAACGUUCGAUUGGAGACCAAUAUGGCACGAGGUCAAGGGCAUCGUUUUGCCCUCCGAAGGCCCCUCGCUUCAAAGUGGGCGACGACGACCUGCUAAGCAACUGCUGAAGCUGUGUACUCACGCUCAUACCUAUUUCGACCCAAGAGAUCGGCCGACCAUGCUCGAAGAGUUCCUGCCUUUUUUCAGCAUAAACGACAUGCCCAAUGCAUUCAUCGUCUUUGGCCUUAUAAACACAUUCCUUCCUAGCCACCCUGCGCCCGAGAAGGACAUUGCUGCCCAACCACAGGAGUUUCUUCCGACCAUCUUCCACCUUUGGUCCAUCAUGAGUAGAUCGAAAGUCGCUGAUAUAUGCCUGAUCGAUCUAUUUUCUCGACUCGCGCGCGAUCAUGUUCACUGUGGCCAUGUUCCAUUCGGGGCGCAUGGCAUCUUCACCAAAGCCCAGUCUGACCUCAUUUUCACCUCCAUCUUGCGCCUCACGCAAAUUCCCGUUGGGCAGGCUAACUCCCCUUACACAGCCCUCGAUUAUUUGGCAGGCGCAGGGGCUUAUCUGGAGAAGGAUUCAAAAAAGCAUCCCGUGCCCUACAUGAUGGCCCGACUGAUUGUCAGCUCCCUUUCGCCAAGUUGUAUGGACCAGGAUGACUCAAUCAUGGCAAGCUUGGAAGGCUUGAUGGAAUCAAUUGACACGUUUUUCCAUCCUUCUAACCAAGGCUCGUGGACCAACAUGCUGGGGCAACUCACUCUGUAUCUCACUGAUGCAUUCGUGUCGCGGUGGAAUCGUGAGCAGAGCGGCGAAUUAGAACUUCCCAAAGAGCGAAGGAUAAGCCCUGCUUUGAAGAAGCGGUUUGUUGGCUCGCUGAAGGAGGUCACAUUUAUGGGACUCUUCUCCAAGAGCAAUAGGGUAUCGAAUUGCUAUUAUAAUGCACUUCAGGGCCUCGCUUACCUUGAACCCGACCUGGUUCUUCCGGGUGCGUUGCAGCGUUUUUACCCCAGUCUCCAAGGGCUAGUCGAGGUCCACAGAACUACCUCUAGUCUGAACAGCUUGCAAAUGAUUGCAAAUGUCAUGUCUAAGCUCAAAGGUUAUAGAUGUCACAUCACUGCUUUGCUUGCAUUGGCCUUGCCGGGUAUCGACGCAAACGAUCUCAACAAGACGCAGUAUACCCUCAAUUUCAUCCAGAGUGUAGCAUAUAGCAUUCCGUUUGUGGAAUUGACAAAGGAAGAAACCCAUAUUCAUGACACAACACUAGCAAUGCAAUGGGUUCAGGCCGAGAUGGACAGGAUGGAGCGGGAUGGCCAAAACGUGCAGAUCGAUUAUCAAAAAGAGCUUAGUGACGAGGAUGAGGCCAACAUCUUACGAUCCUCGACUGCAGGUUUCGGAGAAUUCAUCUUGACUCUUUUGGGCAAAGUCUUUACACUUCUAGAGAAUCUUCCAGAUGCAAACCAGGUUCGAGGAGGAACCCCAGAGGAUAAUGUCGUCAAUGCAUUGCCGGCGGCUUUGUCACCACUUUUCGCAUCUCUCUCGCCAGAUCUGUUUGAUAUGGCCCUCGAAAAGAUUGCCACCUUUGUGUCUAGCCACGUGGUUCACCAGGCCCGCGAUGCCAUGGCGUGGAUAUUGAAUGCGCUCUGCAAAGUCAACCCCGAAAAGACACUCAAGGUCUUCGUUCCCAUGUUUGUCAUCAACAUUCGCAAUGAGAUUGACCAGAACCAUGCCGCGUCUGAUCGUACUACUGGUACCGACUACCUCCCACGUGAUAGAGCCUUGGUGUGGCAUAUAAGCAUGCUCGCCAUGACAGUAGUGCACGUCGGACGGGAGGUUCUGAAUUACAAGGAUGAGCUUCUUGGAAUUGCAGUCUACAUGCAGGAAAAAUGCCGCGGCUUGCCCACUAUUUUGGUCUCCAACUACAUUCAUCAUCUGCUGCUUAAUCUAACCAACACAUAUCCCAUUGACCAUGCCCUCUAUGAGCCUGACGUUAUUAAAAGGGGAUUGGAUAUUGAUGACUGGGGUAAGACGACAUCGCCCGCCGAUCUCACCAUUCGAUGGCAUCAACCGUCACCGCCAGAGGUCGAAUUUGCCGUCGAGCUAUUUGCCUCGCAAACGAAAUCUGCGACAGAGCAAUUGGAGCUUCUCUUCAGCGACAACCCGCCUGUUAGCAGGACGGGGAAAAAUAAAGAGUGGUCUGAUGAAGUUUCCAGGCUGAUGCAGCAGAUGCGUCUAGUCAUUUCUGGCAUGUCCACCAUGUUCGAUCCCAAGCGCGCCUCAGGCAACGGCAACGAAAAGUUGAGCAAUGGCAACGGUGGGGACGGCGAUGUCGAGAUGGGCGAUGAUGAUGAAAGCUUGGCUGAGGGGGCCGAGGAUGAGGAGCUGCGACCACAGUUUCGUUACAAAGCCGGGUAUCUGCUGAAGUCAGAUGACCCAGUGUAUGGGCGUAUUCAUGAGCUCCGUGAACAGCUUGGUCACCUGCUUUCUAAAGCUCAUUCAUUCCUUAGCGAGAACCAGGAGGAUGAUGUUACCUGCUCCACCGCAUUAUGCAACGCAUAUCGGACCUGGAUUACUGAUGUUGGGAUCGAGCGUUCUGCACACCCACUUGAGCGGCAUCUUAGGUUGUACAAGGCCGACAUUGCCGCCUUUAAGAUAAAGGGACUCCGCAAGGUCUAUCCGCGCCCUCUGUUGAUAAAGAGGGCCGAGGCCUACCAGUUAUUGCGCAUGAAGCACAACGCAUCAGCUCGGCACAAGAGCGAACUUGAUAGACGCUUGUUAUUGGAUUUGGCCAAGUCAUGUCAGUCAUUGUACGCUGACGUUCGCCGGGCAGCCCAGACAGCACAAGACUCCUCGCUCAAGGUCCUCAUAGGUGGCAAGCCGCUAGUUGUGCCUGUGGUUCUUGAGGGAUUGCGAAAGGCGAUUGAGGCCAAUGAUCACGAUCGUAUCAAAGGUGGCAUGUACACACUAUUCUUCACGUCACUACUUAGGACUAUCGUGCGAGACUGGCGGUUUGCGCCUGAUGCAAUGUCUCUCUACAUUGAGACAGCGGGCAUUGACAAGCCAUCCAUACAAAAUUUGGGAUCGUCAGCUCUGUACUCUCUCAUUGAGUUUGGUAAAGCCAAUGAAGGAUUGAUACUCUUAGAUGAUGCAGUUCUCAAUGCCAUCCGACCGUCCGAGAACGCUGAUGAUGCCAUCGAUAACCGCCACAGGGUCAUCUUGGAGAGGAGAAAGAAGAUCGAGACCGCAAAGGCGGCUUUGGGAUUGCAGCUCACAAAUCGAGCAAAGGGAGCACACUGGAAAAUUGCAACCAGAUGCGCCAUUUUCGCCCUGAACUUGUGCCUUCGCUUUGACGAUCUUGCCCCCGCUGAGUUUGUCGAACUGGUGGCCAACGGCGCUAUUGAUCCUCAUCCAGGCCUCAGAGGCUAUUACCUGAAUGCGUUCACGUCCCUGCUAGGUGCCAUUGACAUGCGAGCCGUGUACGGCCAUGAUUACGCCAACUAUCUCAUGGAGAAAGAAAUUGGUAAUAGGAACAGGAUCGAUGUGCCCGUUGAAAAGGGAGAUGCUGAGUUUACUCGCAACUUCUUGGAAGCCUUCAACAAGCCCGAAGCGGCGGAAUACAUGGUUGAUUCCGACCACCCUGGAUGGCUCGUCUGGGGUAGCAAGUUUACCGCAUUCCGUGCCCGCCCGCUACCUUUCGAUUCUUAUGACGAGCUAGAGAGAAAUGUGCGCCGUCAAAUCGGCAAUAUUCUAACAAAGGAAUGGAUUUCACAGUGUUUCGAGUACCUCAAACAAGAGCCCCGGGAUCAGUCCACUGACAGGUUCCGAAUGAGCAAUGUCUACCUUUUGAUGCAUGUUUUUGAUCUCACAUACUACGGCAGCACAACGGUCACCCUGGAUGAAAUCAAGGAGCUGGCUAAAGGCGUUUUUGGUGACGGCAGCGACAAGCACCAACAUCGGGCAACAGCUGAAAUACUUGGCGCUUUGUUGGCUGGCUCUAGCGAUGACCCCGUUGAGAUGCGCAACAAGGUUUGGGAAUUUGCGGCGCCCAUGUUGCUGAAGAUUCUAAACGACGGCUUGACCCCAGAGAAUCUGCAAUACUGGCUUCCCUGCAUCCAUCUCAUUUUGGACUCGAGAGACCCCCGACGAUCGCGCGAGAUUCUCGACAGCCUCAAGACAUUCCGAUUAGAUAUUACGUCCAACGCGGCUUUCAAGGAUUCAUCCAAGGUUCAGUUGCUGGAGUUUGUUUUAGCCGAUGGAGGUUGGCAUUUCCGCCAAGAAAAGCCCAUCCUGGAUGACUUCCUUGCGCAUAUUGAUCACCCCUAUAAAGCAGUACGAGAGGCCAUGGGCAAAGUGCUUUGCGUCAUUUUUCGGACUAGGUACCAUGAGUCCUAUGAGAGCGUGCCCAAACUAAUCGAAGCCAACAAGAAAGCUUCAUCUAUUGGUAUUCGACCAUAUCAGCCCUCUGAGGAAUUGACAUCUGCGAUUAAGGAUGUUUUUGACCGCCUGGAGAAGUGGCGUCAUGAGAGGGAGCCUGGUCAGCAAACACAAUCGUCAUAUACGUCGGGGUCCAAGACAGUGCUUACCUGGCUGGAUUGCACUCUGUCAUCCAAUGAGUGUACCAUGCUUGUACCAUUCUUCGCCACACCUUUCAUGGAGCAGUUGCUUCAUAUGAUGGAUGUCAAGGAGGACCCCGAGCUGAUGAGGAUUGCAUAUCACGUAUACAGACAUUUGCCCAACAUUCCAUUCAGGGAAGGCGAAGAUGCUGAAUUCAUCAAUGCGCUCAUAAAGAUUGGCAGAACAGCAACAAGCUGGCAUCAGCGUCUCCGGGCAUUGGUGAACAUGCAAGUGGUCUAUUUCAGGCGCAUUUUCCUCACGGCUGCAUCUGAAAGAGAUGCGCUUUUCACGGCGGUGUCGGACAUGUUGAGCGAUCCCCAGCUCGAAGUCCGGUCGUGUGCAUCCACGACAUUGGCAGGAAUGAUUCGUUGCUCGCCUCGCCAUAUCAGAGACCCGAUGAUUGCACGACUCGAGAGGCGGUUCAAAGAUGAACUGCAGCAAAACCCGAUGCCCAAACGAAAAACCCAUGUACCAGGCACGGAAACACCGGUAGAUAUUCACAGGCAGAUUACUCGGCGCCACGCAGCAGUUUUGGGUCUAGGUGCGCUUAUCGAGGCAUUCCCCUACGCUACACCACCACCAGAGUGGAUGCCAGAGGUAUUGGCCACGCUGGCGCGCAAAGCUGCGGGUGAUCCCGGCGUGGUUGGUAAAGCUACGAAGGGAAUUCUGAGUGAAUUCAAGAAGACAAGACAGGACAGCUGGAGCGUUGACCAAAAAUAUUUUACCCCGGAACAGUUGGAGGACCUGGAGGGUGUUCUUUGGAAGAGCUACUUUGCUUAA